AUAUUCUAAUAAAAAUUUUUGACUUUUAAUUAUUAAAUUCAAUAAAAAAAUGUCACAAACGCGGAAAACGCCAGCAAACAAAAGCGCACAUACUCUGCGUGCAAAAGUUGACUCACGAACAAAAGAUUCAACAAGCCACUCAACAAAGGUGUCGAAGCGAACAGCAACGCAACUUUUGAGCACAUCGGGUGAAGACAAAAGGAAAAUUAAUGUAACUAAUACCUUACCUAAAACACAAGAUGUUAAGAUUAAAGCUACAAACACAAAAUUACGAGCAAGUACAGACCGUUCGGAAAAACUGGAAACCCAACUAAACACUAGCAAAAUAUCUACCUCCAACCAAAAACCAAGAAUAAAUGCUAAAGACAGCAAGGUCAGUAGCGUAACAGUCACAAAACCCUCAGCUGCCAUCAGCUCUACUAAGAAAAGAGUUUUGCCAAAGCAGGCGCCAAUUUUAAAACCUAACCUAAAACCUAACGCCGUCUUAGAUACCUACCACAAUGUGACAGUGGCUUCACCCCCACCGAGAAAAAAGGACCUGCCCCUCACAUCAUCGGCAGACGCCGCAGACAAGCAAAACGACAAGGACUUAUUAUCGAAAAAAUUAAAUAGGAAAAAUAGUCACACUUUGUCCCCGGGAGAAAUUGUUGUUUUAAAAGAGGAAUCAGCUAAAAAACAAUUGGAAGAACAAAUUAAUCGAGAAAGUAAUUUAGAUGGAAAAAUGACCACGCCUAUUAAAAAAGAACCAAUAGCAUUUGAAGUUAAUUUUCAUAAGGAGCAGAAAGCGACAAGAGCAAGGUCGAGAUCGCGUUCGAAAACCAGAGAGCGAAAUAAAAAGCUAGAAGAUGAAACGGAAGACAGCAAUAAUUAUUCAGAUGAUUUUGAAUCUUAUGAAUCGGACUUUGAAACACCAACAAGUUCCGAAACUGAAAGCGAAGGAAAUGAGGCAUCUUCGACUGACAGCGAUUCGAAUAAACUACCAGAAAAAGAAAUACAAAAAAACAAAACUUCUAGUGCAGAAGCCAGUGAAGAAGAAUCGGAGGUAACACAAAAUCCUAUAACCGUUAUCCAGAGAUAUAAAGAACGUAAAUUGGAUUCCGGCAAUUACGAUAUAAAUGACUAUGCGAGAAAAGCCAUACCACGCCCUCCUACUAAUUUAUCCGCCCAUUAUGAUAGCUUGGAUACCAUUAGUUUGGCUACGUCAGACCAAUUAGAUUCUGGCGUUAGUACGUACAGCCUUAACCAUCCCAACGAUGUUAAAGAUAAUAGUGAGAGAACAAAAGAAGUAUCUUACGGCGGUUAUCCGCAGUUCUAUAGCAAACCAAUUUUUAAUGAAUGCGGCAAAGAAUUCAUGUCUAAAAUACAAUUUGAUGCAUUGAGUUUUGUUUUAUUGGACAUGAAGCCAAUCUCCUAUGAAAUGUACAUGCAAAGCUUUGGCAAGUUGUAUACGGCGCAAAUUUCUACUCAAACGCAAGACAAUGUUUCAGAUGUGGAAGUGCAAACAGAUGAACUGUAUUUUAGAUCUAUAUGGACCCAGCACCCAGCUUUGUAUAAUUCACGUAUUAUGGAAAAGCUGCGUGGGCAGCAGUGUUGCGGGGAGUUUCCAGAUAUAGAACAUGUUAAACCUGAAAACUCUUGUAAGUUGGAAAACAGUUUAAAGACAUUGAGAGACAUAAGCCAAAAGACUAACACGAGCAAAUGUCAUCAGAAUUUAAUUAAGCAAAAGAGCCAAAAGCCUUUGGAUUUAGAAAACUUAAAUUCGUUCCUUCUCAAGUCGUCGCUGGUUAUAUCACAAAUUUUAAAGACUAAAAGAAAAUUGUUUCAUGGAACCAAUUCCCUGUCGAUAUCUGAAGGUUUCUAUUGCUUGGAAUCGAAUCUCUUGAGUACAUUAACUGUUAAUGGUGUAUAUUCGAAUCUCCGUUACAAUUUGGUGAUAACUGUACACGAAAAUUUGCCGGACAUCGAUGUUUAUCAUUCGGAUUUCAUAAAUUUGCUAAUAGUUUGGUGUGUGAAUGAACCAAAAACUCCUAUACGUUUACUAAGCACAUGGAGUCAAGUAUGUCAUGUGGAAAUUUCUGAAGCAACUCAGGAUAUCAUAGUAACCGCAUUACAGGACGGAAGCAUAGCCAUGUGGGAUUUACGUGAAACAUAUUCCUAUUGUUCUAAACUAGAUGGUUACUUACAACAUUUUGCGACGACGCAAUCUAUUGUACCUGCUUGGUAUGAAAAAGGCGCAAAAUCGAAAAACAUUUCUAUAGAUGUAGGACCAUGCAUAACCGUUAAAAGCUUUCGCUGCCCUAGCUACAGCUCAAGCUUGAACAAUACUUUGAAUAAUUUUCAAAACUCUCAGUUUGUAUCUUUACACGAUUCUGGUAUUUUGACUAUUUGGACAUUAGUGGAAACAUCUAGCAAUUUAACAUAUCUUAAUAAUCGGAAGGCAACUGGAAGAGGCAGUCAUAUAAAGAAAUCUAUUGAUUCACACGAGUACAACUCGCCCUGGGCUCGAGUGAAGCUAAUACAAAGUGCUAUUAUUCAAUUGAAGGAUUACUUGGAAUGCAAAAAUGCUCGAUUACCUUUUGAUUCUUUCAAGCAAACGCAGAACUUAUUUCAACAAAAUAUUUAUAGUGAUAAGGCUUUGCGUGAAAUUGGUGCAAAGAAAGGAUUAAAGAAGGUUUUACAAAACGUGACAUUUCGGAGCUUAGACGUUGGUUCAGAAACUAUAUACAUUUGUACGAAUCAUAAUUAUAUCUUGUGUUGUCCCAAGUCUCUGAAAUCGGAAUCUUUCAGACGCAUUCCCUUAAAUGAAUCGGAUUUUUUAUUUCCCACUGCCUUAAAAGUAUUAACAAAUGAACAUUUCGUGGCUGUAGGACUAUCAAAUGGAGCGGUUAUAAUUUUAAAUUGCAGUCAUAACAAGAAUCCCAGCAUUUGUAAGGAUGAAAGCUUAGAAAACGGAAAAUUCCAGGAACCGGCUAAGAAGCUUUCAUCAGAGCAUUCUUUUAAUAACUCUUCUGCUAGAAGUAAAUCUUGUGCCAUACAAAAUAUAAUAUUAAACGAACGCAGAUCCAUAGAUAUGGAUUUUUGUCAAAAUAUUGAGCUACACGACACACAAGGGCCAACUACUGUUGCCUGCCUGGCAACGAUAAACAGUAAACAAAAGCCUUACGAACUAAUUGUCCAAGAUCAGCUAACGAUUUUAACCGGUUCAGUUUUGCGCAAAAGUUUAGUGAAAUCUUUGGAAUUAUCUUUCGACGGUUGGCGAUUAUUUGCCUUAUCCGACAAUAAUUUAAGAGUCUACGAUUUUUAUUUAGAUCAGGAAGUAGCAGUCAGUGAAAGCAAUGAGAGCAUGGGUACUAAUCAAAUUAAAGACAUAACGACGACAAAAUCUGAUAGUGAAAGACAACAUUUGAUAAUUCUGAGGAAGAAUGGAACAACCGAAGUUCAUCAACUUAAGAAAUGAAUUAAUACAAUACGGCAUUGAAGGGAAAGUGUAGAGAAUAUAAAAUAACUUCUCAUCGGGAAUGCACAAGAGAAGCGUUCUGCUCGCCGUUAUUUAGUCAAAGCGAUAAAAGCAAGAAAAGGAAAAACGGUUUAUUAAAAUGGUUGGAAACCAAAAAUCAUUUCAAACCAAUAUAAAGAAGCAGAAGAUAAUAAGGCAAUUUAAAAAAGCUUUCGCAUGGAAUAUAUUCUUCAUCAAUAAAGCAUAACAAGGCUGAGAAAAGCACAUUUUUCGUUUGGAUAAAUUAAACAAGGUUACUUUACUUCGACUAUGCUUGAACUUUCAUAUACAAGAGCGAAGUCGACUCUUGAUAUGUGAAUUUUCGUACAAAAACUUCACUUCACUUGCUCAGUGAAAUUUCGGACAAAAAAAGGAUAAUUUUAUUAUUAUGGCCUUUUAGGACUUCAACAGGCGUACUUGCAUCUCGAAUAAGCCACAUUACAUCGUAUUAAAUAAUGCUGUAGCUAUCUAUCUGAAAGGGAAUAUACUUUUUGCGUCAUAUACGUCGGGAAUCAAAAUAGCACAGUUGAAGCAAAUCUACUUGUUCUUUUCAGCUCGAAAGAGGGAACUGUCAAAAAAUGAUGGGUAAUAAAAAAUUGACACCUUAACGCAUUCCUGACAAUAGGGAACCAUUGGCAUCGAAAUUAAGGCGAAAAUCUAUGGCUUUCUUGUUUAGAGAUUCAGCUAAUUAUAGUGCCUUAUGGAUUAGUCUAACGCAAGAAGAAUUCCAUCAAUAGGAAUUGAUGAAAUUAAACUUACCAUAAGAGUAUGCAUAUGAGGCAUUACAAGAGGAAUUCUUUACAUGACCAUGCUCGUUCCCAUAUUACAAUACUCACUCACGAUACAUUAAUAUAAUAAGAUAUACUCGA